UACAGCCGUAGUUUCGAAUCAAGGGACGCAACUCGGCAUGUCAAAAUAUUAAAAUUAUUAAACAAUUGAAGAUGGCUUGUAUGGGCUGCUGUAAGGCCAUGAGGCCUAGAUACAAGAGGCUUGUAGAUGACAUCUUUCCCGUUAACCCAGAGGAUGGGCUUGUAAAAAACAACAUGGAUAAAUUAACAUUCUAUGCGUUGUCAUCACCUGAGAAAUUAGAUAGAAUAGGAGAAUAUCUUGCUAGUAGGCUGAGCAGAGAUGUUGCAAGAAGAAGAAUAGCGCUAGUGAAGAUAGCAAUGGAUGCACUAGAUCAGCUGCUUGUGUCAUGUCAUGAUUACUCCCUCAAUCUGUUUGUUGAAAGCUUUCUCAAGAUGGUACAGAAACUUCUGGAAUGUGAUGAAUUAGAGUUACAGAUCCUAGCAACCUCAUCAUUUGUGAAGUUUGCCAAUAUUGAAGAAGAUACACCUUCCUAUCAUAGACGUUAUGAUUUCUUCGUGUCAAAGUUCAGUGCCAUGUGUCACAGUAGUGCUGACUGUGAAACAGACAGAUCCAAGUAUGUACAACUUAUUCACAGAUUUCUUUAUCAAGUAAGAUGGCUUCAAAAACACAACAGGAUAAGAAUUUUAAAAGAUGACAUUGGUUCAUAGUUGUAGAAGAAAUUU